UCGGCAAAACAGAUAUUGGGGAAACCUAAUGUUUAUCCUCGCUAUGUUAAUUCCGAAGGGACAUGGACCCAGGCACAUGGACAACUGAACGAGAACCAGUUUAUACAGGUUAGAUUUCCAGAAAAGGUUUGGCUAACUAAAGUAAAUAUUUAUGAAACAUAUAAUGCUGGAACUGUCAAGAGAAUACUGGCGAAGGAUAAAAAAAACCAAUGGAUUGAAAUUUUUGAGGUUUCCCAUGUACACCCAAUCAGAAUGGCUAGGAAAUUCUCAACCAAAUUAAAAAUAGUGAAUUUUCCUGUGAACGAGGUGAGAAUAGAAGUUGAUUGUUCUGUUUCUCCAUUUUGGGUGGAAAUCGAUGCAGUGGAAAUCGUUGGAGGUAUUUAG